UAAAAAUCUAUGUAAACAUCAAGGUGGAACCUUCAUCAAAGACAUUGAAGACCUUGACAGCAGAACUGUACGCUGUACCAAACACAACUGGAAGCUGGAUGUUAGCUCAAUGAAAUACAUCAACCCACCAGAUAGCUUCUGCCAAGAAGAGCUAGUCAUUGAAAGGGAUCAAGAAGAUGGAAUUUCGCUUGUUGAAUUAAAUCCACCAAAUCCCUGGGAAGUUGACCCUCAAAUUCCAAAGGAAUUAGAAAUUGGGGAACUUCAGAUUACCUAUCUAACGCAUGCCUGCAUGGAGUUGAAGUUUGGUGAAACAUACAUGGUCUUUGAUCCUUGGCUCAUUGGUCCAGCAUUUGCUCGAGGAUGGUGGCUGCUUCAUGAGCCUCCUUCAGAUUGGAUGGAGAGAUUGUGCCGGGCUGAUUUAAUUUAUGUAAGUCACAUGCACUCGGACCAUCUAAGUUAUCCAACUCUGAAGAAACUUUCUGAAAGAAGACCAGAUGUUCCAAUAUUUGUGGGCAACACUGAACGCCCAGUCUUUUGGAACCUGAACAGAAGUGGCGUUACACUGAAAAAUGUCAAUGUUGUUCCUUUUGGAAUAUGGCAGCAGGUCAAUGAACAUCUCCGAUUUAUGAUUCUGAUGGAUGGAGUUCACCCUGAAAUGGACACAUGCAUUAUUGUAGAAUACAAAGGACAUAAGAUACUUAACACGGUAGACUGCACUAGGCCAAACGGAGGAAAUCUCCCCACUGAUGUUGCUGUAAUGAUGAGUGACUUUGCUGGAGGUGCAUCUGGAUUUCCAAUGACAUUCAGUGGUGGAAAGUUUACAGAGGAAUGGAAAACACAAUUUAUUAAAACAGAGAGAAAGAAACUACAAAACUACAAAGCUCAGCUUGUAAAGGAUUUGAACCCUACUAUCUACUGCCCCUUUGCUGGUUACUUUGUUGAGGCUCACCCAUCAGAUAAAUACAUUAAGGAAACAAACUUGAAGAAUGAUGCAGCAACACUUAACCAGCUGAUUACUAAAUUGUCAAGUGUCAUUACAUGGACACCAAAGCCAGGAGAAAUACUAGAUGUGGGGAGGUUACUGAAAGACCCAACUGAUAGAGAUGGAAUUGUUCAACCUCCUCCAGGAACAAAAGUCUUAAAGGAUACCUGGGAUUUUGAUACAUACCUAGAUGCCAUUUCUGUUUCAUUUAAAGAUGAGAUCUUCAGUUACCCGUCCUGGUGUGUAGAGUAUUUUACAUGGGCUGGAUUCAAAGACUACAAUCUUAUAGUCAGGAUAAUAGAAACUGAUGAAGAUUUUAAUGACUUACCUGGAGGAUAUAACUUCUUGGUAGAUUUCUCUGACCUGUCUUUCCCUGAUGAACGACCCUGCCAUGACCAUUCAUAUGAAGAGAUUCGAGCUCGUGCUGCUGUCAUGAGACAUGUAGUAAAGAAUGGCCUUCUAUGGGACGAUUUGUACAUCGGAUUUCAAACUCGUAUCCAACGGGAUCCAGACAUCUACCAUCAUCAAUUCUGGAACCAUUUUCAGAUCAAACUGCCUUUGUCCCCACCAGACUGGGAUACUUUUUUGAUGAGAGAGAGACAAGCUGGGAGUGAGGAACAGAGCUGCAUCAUGAUGUGAACCAUGGAAUCAAGAGUGGCUUUUACCCUAAGAAGUUAGGGUAAAUGGCAGGACAUCUUAUUUUCAUUCAGAAAUAAAUUAUAAUAAUAUAAUUACUAGCAGAGUACCUGGCAUUGCCCACCUGGUCUUCUUACCGUAACCACAAGGGAGAGAAAAAGCAACAAAUGACAUUCUAAAUCUCAUAUCUCGUCCUCAUAUCCCAACCUCAUAUCUAGUCCUCACAUCCAGUCCCUUGAACUAACUACUUGCUUCACCUGCCUGCCGGACAGUCACAGGAUGUUUAAAAGUCCUGUAAUCUUUGCAGCCCGAGAGUAAUGCAAACCGACUCACACAGUAAAUAUUGGAGCCUUCUUUGGACCACAAGAUGUAGGCAGGGAGGGAUGAUCACUUUUUUUUUUUUAUACAUAGUACACAUCAUUGUUGUGAUGUGGACUGUGAAAAGAAAAAUACGAUUGUAAAUAUUUGCGAAAUUGCGAAGUGCCAAUAUUCGCGGUAAAAAUUAGCAUUUUGAAUAUUAGCGAUCAACACUACUGAGGGGGUGUGUGCAGCCAACCAUAGCUCAUCUCACACUGAACUGCUCUGGGCUGUGUGUAGCAGAGUGAGGGAGGAAGUUCUCCUCUGUAUGGCUUCAGAUGAUGUCACACCUCCUGGGGAACGCCCCUUCCCAGUCUGUGAAUCUGACUGAGACUGAGCAGAAAAUACAGAGCAAUAUCAAGGUAGAAAACUAAAAAAUAAUAAAAAUAAAGGCAGGGGGUGGUUUAUCAUGAUGGGGCAGUGAACUGGGAGGAUUAUAAAAUUUUACAAGAUCAUGACAGGUACUCUUAAAGCAGUACUCAAAGAUCUGAAAACUUAUCCCCUACCCUAAAGAUAGGGGAUAACUGUCGGAUUGCAGGGGUUCAAGCACUAGGACCUGCCACAAUCUCCCGGCAGGCCCCCGGUCUACACGCCCCCUUUCUGUGGACUGCUAGGGCCCAGUAUGGGAGAUCGCAGGGGUCGGACCGCUGGGAUCCUUAGGAUAGGGGAUACAUUUUCAGAUCCUGGAGUACCUGGAGUUGUGGAUGGGUCCAAAGUGGCAACAGGUAACGUCAACACAUGUAAGCAGGAUCAGAAAAAACCAUUAGACAUAACCACAUUGCUGAAAGAUGGAGCUAAAAAUACAACUACUAUAGGUAAAUGAAUUGGAGAGAUAAUGGGGCAGGAAAAUCAGGCCUCCAAAACAAACACAAAGCAUACACUAGAUGCCCUAAAUAAAAACCUGGGCACAAAUUUCAUCAAAACUGAGACAAAAAACUCACCUUUUUUUUAAAUGGGGAAAAGGGGGUGAUUCUUUCUUUUAUUUGUGAAGGGGUUAAAUGAUCUUUAUUAACUUUUUUUUCACACUUUUUUUUUCUUUGCAGUGUAAUAGCCCCCCCCCCCCCCCCCCCUUAGUGGCUAUUACACUGCACCUAUCGAUCUCAUAACAGAUCAUUGCCGUGCAUUGACACGGCAAAGAUCAGUGUUAUCAGCGAUCGAUUGCUCAAGCCUGGAUCACAGGCUUGGAGCAAUCAAUCGCUGAUCGGACGCGACUGAGGCAGGUAAGGGGACCUCCGCUCGCGUUCUAGCUGAUCGGGACAUCGCAAUUUCACCGCGAUGGUCCCGAUCAGCCUGACUGAGCUGCCAGGAAGCUUUUACUUUCAUUUUAGACUGUGAACGCCGCAUCUAAAGGGUUAAUAUCGCGCGGCACAGCGAUCGGUGCCGCACGCUAUUAGCCCAGGGUCCCGGCUGUCAUUAGCCUCUGAGACCGACCCGGUAUGACAUGGGGUCACAGCGUGACCCCGCGUUAUAUACUGGGACCAGGCGCAGGCCGUACAGGUACGCCCUGCGUCCUUAAGAGGUUAAGGAGAAUAAAGCAGCAAGCCUAUGGUUUAGGCCAUCACUGAUCUUGGGUGCAGCCAGAUGAUGCUCAAGUUAUAGGCCCAGCUAACUUUUGUGGGGAGGACAAUGUUGUCAUGCAUGUAUGUAAAUCGAUGCAAUAAAAUAAAGACAGUG